UGAAUAAGUCCAUUAGGUCCAUUUUUAAAAAAAAAUCACACAUGAAUCAAGGUUGUGACUUCUGUUUUAAUAUAUAAGAUUAAUAAUAAGGUGGCUAAAAUAUUUAAAAUAUAUUUUAAAAAUAAAAUAAUUCUUAUAUAUAUUGUCUUGUUAUCUAAAAAGAAUAGCUACAAUCAUUUGAAAGCUAAGAAAUAGAAAGAUAUAUAGUUACAUAUUAAUCAAGUAAUGAAUUUUGUAUAUUCGAAAAUGAAGUAUACUGUGAUUUCAAAAUCAUAUUUAUUUAUUAUCCGUGGUAUGACACUCGUAAUGAAUUGUUGUAUUUAUUUAUUAGAUUAAAUAAUUAUUUUGAAUUGAUAUAAUACAACUUGACCUAAAAAUAAAUAUACUUAUGUAUUAUAAAUAAAAAGAUAACUACUCUAUAUAUUGUGUUAUUAGUGUGUUAUAUUAUCAAAAUUUAUUAUUAAGAAAAUCUAAUCAAAGCCAAGAAUCUGAUCUUGUAUCCAACUUUAUAGCAAUUAGGUUAGGUAGGAUUUUAAAAAAAAAUCUUGGAACUUUGAUUUUUAAUAUAUAGAUAGAGAUACUUCAUAAACAAAAAGAAACAAAGAAAUAGGAAGAUGAAUAGGGUCGAUGGAGAAAGGGAGGAGUGGAGAAGAGAAGUAAAUGGUUUGUUCUGGAUAGAGCGUUUGUUUCUCUUUCUGGUUUUCGUAUUUCCCACAUACGUCUGUGGCCUCAUCGUCCCUCUCAUUCUCUCCACUACUCUUUUGGCUUUACCCUUCUUCUUAUUCUUCAACCCUAAUCUCUCUUCCGUUGGACCCUCUGGUAUUGGUGGAUUCUGGUUAUUUCUAUUGGACCGCACCACGUUUUACUUAGGCCUCGAGUAUUCCAAACUGUUGGUUGGAGGCUUUGAGCUCACCUUCCUUUGGCGUCUCACCCUUUCCCUCUCCCUCGUGAUCCAUUCCAUCUACAUCGCUGACUACUUCCUUAGAUCUCAUCAAGCCGUACUACCUCCUCCUCAAUCUCGCAAUGUUGAGACUCCGAUUUUCUCCGAUGAAGGUGACUUCCACAAGGAAGUGGAGAAGGUGAAUGUUUUAGUAGAAAACGGGAAGAAGAUGAUGACAUCUAUGGAGCACAUGGUUCACUCAGGUCUUGAAACUCUUAGAAAAGAGUGGAGAGAGUUUCGUGACGAUGGGAAGAAGGAGAUGAACAUACAAGUGGAUAUCGUGGAGCAUAUGAUCUGCUCAAAGCUUGAAACUCUGAAAGACAACAUGCGCCUCAAUGUUGAUGAGAUCUGGACUGGUCUCCUAGAUGACCUGAGAUCUAUAGUCGCCGAGGACAUCACAGCUUUGAGACAAGAUUCUGUCACCGACCAACUCGACAAGAUCUACCUUGCCAUCCAAGAAACCGCCAAAGAAGCGAAGACUACAGGUGACAAGGCCCAAGAGACCUACCUUGCCAUGCAAGAAACCGCCAAAGAAGCGAAGACUACAGGUGACAAGGCCCAAGAGACCUACCUUGCCAUGCAAGAAACCUACAAAGAAGCGCAGACUACAGCCGACGAGGCCCAAGAGACCUACCUUGCCAUCCAAGAAACUUACAAAGAAGCGAAGACUACAGCCGACAAAGCCCUUGAGACCUACCUUAUCUUCCAAGAAGGCCAAAACAAGAGACGGAUGAUAAGGGGGGAGGAUGUAGAGGGGUUUGUUGAGCUGAGGGAGCAAGUGCUGCGAAUGUCGGUGGAAGCGGAGAACGCAGCGGAGGAGCAGUCUCGUGUAACAGGAGAGUUGGUGGAUGCCCGGAUUCAGCAAUGGGAGGAGGACAAUGCCGACUAUCUUGCCUCCCUCCCGUUCUUGUAUUGCAAUCAGCAUAAUUAAUAUUAUAUGAUUUGAUUUCAUUGUCUCUUUCUUUUCUUGGUUUUUAUGGAGCUUGUUGGUUAAGUUUUAGUAACUAAAAUAAUUUAAUUAUUGCUUCUGAUAAUAUUUUUGAUAUACGCUUAUCUCAAUUAAAUCUUAUAAUAUUAAAUCCCGAGUGGAUAUAAGAUUAAGUAUGCAGUUCGAUCUUUUGGAAUCAGUGUUCUAAAACUCUGUAAUUUUUUUUUUGAUUUGGCUGUAAUUGUAAAAAUUCAAUAAGAAAGAGAAGAAGAAAAAAAAAAGUGAUGAUGCUAGUAUUCUUACCAAUUUGAACUAGUAUUUAGUUUAUGGGAUGAUUGGUAAAUGCUCUGGGUGCUUUAGAAUGCUCUUAUUAAAAAAAAAAAUAUA